UUUCGGUUCGAGGCGGCCCUGGCUCCAGACGAUAUGUGGCCCAUGUUCCUCUUAUAUGGUAGACGCCUGGCGAAGUAGCUCGUCAGGUGAUUGUUCCUUCGCAGAGGCCUUUCAGAAGCGUGGAAGAAACCAGCGGAGCGCAGCGUUGCAGUUCUUCCGAGAGGUUGCUCUGUCCAGCCCAGGCCGCUGCACUGCGAGCAUCAGCGCGUGCGGGAAAAGCAGGCAGUGGCAGCGGGCGCUGCUGCUCCUCAGGGGACUGGUCGAAGGGAAGCUGGAGUCCAGCGUCAUCCUACAACGCUGGGAUCAGUUCGUGUGAGAAAGGUGAUCAGUGGCGGCAUGCUCUGGCAUUGUUGAGCGCGAUGCGGGACGAGAGAUUGGAGCCAGACGUCAUCAGCUUCAGCGCUGGGAUCCGCGCGUGCGGGAAAGGCGAGCAGUGGCAGCGGGCGUUGGCUCUUUUCGGCGAGCUAUGGGAUUCGAAGAUGGAACCCGACGUCAUCACCUACGGCACAGUGAUCAGCUCGUGUGGCAAGUGCGAGCAAUGGCGGCUGGCCUUGGCGCUGCUCGGUGAGAUGGCGGCGGCGAGGGUAGAGCCAAACGUGGUCUACUCAGCUACAACGCCGGGGCCAGCGCGUGUCAAGAAUGCUCACAGUGGCAGCAGGUGGUGUUGCUGUUCGGCGACAUGUUGGAAGUGAAGGUGGAGCCCAACGUCAUCAGUUACAGCGCUGCGAUGAGCGCCUGCGGUAAGCAUGGGCAAUGGCAGCAGGUGUUGGCGGUGUUUGACGAUAUGCGGCAGGCGAAGGUGGAACCCAACGUUGUUAUUACAGCGCCGGGAUCAGCGCGUGCGAGAAGGGCGGGCAGUGGCGGCAAGCGCUGUCGUUGCUCAGUGAGAUGAGCCAUGUUAAGUUGGAGCCCAACUCAGCUACAAUGCUGGGAUCAGCGCGUGCCAGAAGGGCGAUGAGUGGCAGCGGGCAUUAUCGUUGCUCGGCGACAUGCGCGAAGCCAAUGUACGCGUCACUGCCAUCAGUUACAAUGCUGGGAUCAGCGCAUGCGAAAAGGGCGAACAGUGGCAGAAGACUUUAGCGUUACUUCGCGAGAUGCCAUGUUCGAAGUUGACGCCAGGAGUCCUCAGCUACAACGCUGCGAUCAGUGCGUGCGAGCAGGGUGGGCAAUGGCCGCAGGGCCUGUCCCUGCUUGGCGAGAUGCGGGAUGCGAAGCUGGAGCCCGACAUCAUUUUUGUCAGCUUCAACGCUGGGAUCAGUGCGUGUAGAAACGGCGGGCAGUGGCAGGUGGCAUUGGCGUUGCUCAAAGAGAUGCGGGAUACGAAUUUGGAACCUGCGGUCAUCACCUACAGCGCUGGGAUCAGUGUUUGCGACAAGGCGGGACAGUGGCAGCGGGCCUGUUUGUUACUCGGGGCAAUGUCGACUGCUAAGUGUCAGCCUAACAUCAUCAGCUACAGUGCUGCGAUCAGCGCAGCCGGCACAUGUGGACAAUGGCGGGUGGCGUUGCUGUUGCUCGGCGAGUUGUUGGCGGCGAGAUUGGAGCCCAACGCAAUC